CGAAAGUCCAUUGAUGGCAUGUCAAAGAGAUGGAUCCCCUUAGCGUCGUGGCUAGCAUCUUCGCGGUGGUCCAGAUCGCUGACAGGGUCAUAUCGCUGUGCAAGUAUUACCUCGAACUUUCGCGCGACGCUCCCACCGAUCUUCGAGCCAUCUUGAUCGAGACGUCAGCUCUGCGGACAAUAUUGGAUAACAUACAAUUCCUCGCCUCUAGUGGACAUGGACCGACCACUUUGAACACCCUAACUAGAGAUGACGGUCCUAUCGAGGGCUGUCGCAAAACCCUCAACCAGCUGGACGGACUAUUCUCGUCUGAUUACCUGCAUCAGACGUCAGGCAACAGGUCCAAGAGACGCAAAGUGAAGGCCACCUUGACAACUCUGGCCUGGCCCUUCAAAGAAAACACGGCAAGGAAACUGCUGGUAGAGGUGGUGCAACACAAGACUACGCUUAAUCUUGCUCUUACAGUUGACAUGUGGUGCGAAAUCAAGCGUGCCAUAGGUACUUCGCGUACAAUGGUGUCGGAUACUAAUAUUGGAUGUAGUCAUGACAUCAAAAUCAUCAAAUCCCAAGCAAGCGAAAUACAGGCAACUCUCACAGAGUUUCAACGCCACGAGGUUUACAAGUGGCUUGGUGACAUAAAUACAUCACCUAUCCACCAUCGAGCUUGCAGUCAGUACGAAUCCGGCACUGGAGACUGGGUACUUCGCUCCGAUGAUUGGAAGUCAUGGAUCUCAGGUCAGAAACGCUCACUGUGGAUCCACGGAAUUCCAGGUGCUGGUAAAACGAUUCUUACGUCCCAUUUGGUUGAGACUGUUAAGACACACUGCAAUGCUAGCGGUUCCAAGAGCGCAUACGUCUACUACUACUGCUACUUUGGACAUAACACAGACGAAGCCUCACCCUUCUUAAAAUGGACAAUCAGUCAACUAUGUCGGAAGGCAGACAUCGUGCCAACUAGCUUGUACAAGCUCUACAAGUGUGGUGAAGAAUUGAGCUUAGCCAAUCUGCUGAGUGUGCUCGAGGCAAUCCUCCAGGAGUUUGACUGCGUUUAUGUCAUCCUUGACGCUAUCGAUGAGAGCAUUCCGAGGACUGGCCUACUUCACGUCCUUCAAAAUCUCAUCAGCGACUUGAGAUUCUCAAAGAUACGCACCUUAGCCACCAGUCGAGAGUACAUCGACAUUGAAGAGAUGAUGGAGGGUAUUUCGGUACCGAUUUCUAUGAGAAACCCUUUACUCGACGAAGACAUACGACUUUUUGUCCAAUCACAGCUUGGGACUCACCCAAAGCUCAAGCGCUGGCCAGCUAGCGUACGAGACCGCGCUUUGGAAGCACUGUCCACAAAAGCCAAAGGAAUGUUCCGCUGGGUUGUCUGUCAAAUUGAUGUACUGCAGCAUCUGAAACCCGACGGCGAUAUCAUUGAGAAAGCACUUGCAGGAUUGCCGCGAACUCUGGACGAAACAUAUGAGCAAAUAUUUCUUCGAGUCCCCGAUGAAGCCCGGCUGGUCGUUCACCACGCAUUGAAGUGGAUUUAUGCCCACAAUGCAUUGCACCGGGGCAACAUACCUCUCUCUAAUCUCGUCCAAGCCUUGCAGAAAUGCGCUGAUAGAGGCGACUCAAGUGAAUUUGAGUAUGACUACAACGAAGCCCUCCUCCGCGAGUUCUGUGGAUGCUUGAUUUGGGUGUCACCGCAAGCUUGCAGGCCCAGCACGGGCGAGCACUUGCAGCCCAGGGCUGUCGUAUCUAUUGCGCAUUACACAGUCUUGGAGUUUUUGGAGUCCGCGAGGAUACGAAAUGGACCUGCUUCUCUCUUCGCCAUCGAUAAGGAGAUUGCCAAACUCGAGUUUGCUAAGAUUGUCAUGGACGAAGCUCUGAACAGUAAAGAGAACGAGCUCUGGGAACCAGACCCCGAUAAUUUGGGAGAAAGAAUUGAGGAUGCCAUAGAACAAGAUUUCAAUUUGUUCAGCAUCGUAUCAUCUAUACUUGCUGUGCAUGCUUGGGGACCCAUGCUCUCAAGAGACAUCACACUGUCCGACUUGGCGUUGGCGAUGUUCGACCCACUGAAUCAGCAUUUCCAGCACUUCAAAAAGGCCGCAAUUUAUAUCGGAAAUUAUACCGACACCUUCUUAGACCACAGCCUCCCUAAUUCUGAACAAUUCUGGGAUCCAGAGUGGACUCAGCGCGCAUCGAAUGACAAUGUGGAAACACUCCUCAACUUACUGUUAGCCGAUAAAAGCGGUAGACUCGGACGGAGUUUCCUCCAAAAAGUCCCCCCAGAGGUCUGGCUACGAGAUAGCUUUGGUCUGAAAUUCGAGGCAUGGGAUCUACAUAAUAGUGAUGAUUUGGAUGCUUAUAACUUUCAAGGAACAAUCGUCGAGUUCUUUGCCCAGUUGGCCAAGAUAUGGCCAAGUCAUCUUAGAUUAUUUCUUGACCAUGCAGUUGGGUUUUUCGACCCUUCGAGGAUUCUUGUGACAUCGGUUGCCUGGAAUCAUCACGACGGAAAACGGUACUGCAAAAACCACUGUCUGGUAGCGCGACUUAUUCAACUAGGAGCAGACCCUAACGGUCAUGGGUAUGGGGUUUGUCCGUUGCAAAUCGCAGCCGGAGCGUGGGACUUGGAAGGAGUGAAAGUCUUGCUUGAAGCCGGCGCAGAUCCAAACAACACUGGAGAUCGAAGUGGAAUCGUCUGGGAAGAUGGCACUAUCCCCGCUCUCUUCAACGGUUACCAGGAUCGCAGUCCUCUCAACAUCGUGCAAACUGUGGUUGGCGAAGACGACGAUCGCGUUGAGCAGCAAAGAGAAGAAAAACGGUCUAAGAUAAUAGCAGUACUGCGUCAGUAUGGGGGGAGGGAUUUUACGAUGUCGGAGACGCAAUACCGUCAUCAGCAACGGAUGCUACGGUAUCGGAAGACUUACCAUUAGGAAGUGAGUUGUGCAGGUAGAUAUUAAGUAUCAGGGUCCGAGAUGGAGACUCUGAAGACGAUUGGAGCAAAUUAAUAGUUGCACAAAGCAAGUCUCAUCACGGCCGCCUUGCUGUGUAAUUAUGGCUCGUGCAGUGUGCGUUGAGGAAGGAAAGGUCUCUAUGCUCUCACUCUCCCUAGUUCGGAGCAUCCACGAGACUGAGACACCAAACUUGGGCUAAUUUAAACGGGGAUCGCACGAGCAACGGAUUUUUAAAUGUAAAUAUCUAGCAAUUUCCAAAUUACCGGGACCAACCUC